UUUCAAUAUAAAGUGUGAGAGGAAAGACAACUCUAGCCAGAAAUUAAAAACCCUUCAAAAUCCAUAAUGCCGCCGGCGUGGGUAAUGCAUUUAAGUGCCAACGGAUUAUGGGCUCUGAAGUCUGAACGGCUUCUAUUUUAGUUUGAUUUGGGUGAAUUGAAGGAUAUGGAAGAGUCAAAGAAAGGUAGUUCCUAGCUAUAGUCUGAGAUUGAUUCUUCCAAAUCCAUCACAUAUAAUCCUUAUAACAGACGUCCUCCAAACGCGAGUUGAAAUCCGCCAUGGAAGGAGAUGAGUUACAGCCUUUGGUGUCGCCGUUGAUACCGGAGGUCGGCAGCCAGCUGCCGCAGCUCUUCCCAUUCAUUCCGCCGUCUUUGCAACCGGCGAUGACGACGAACUCUGCUCAUGAGUUGAUUGGGUCGGAUAUGGAUUGGGCAGUGCAGCUGCUUUUGGGUUGGGUGGAUCCGAACCAGCUGUCGCUGAUAUUUAAGGAUCAUAUCUGCAGUGAAAACGGAAAUAAUAAUGAUGAAGGGAAGAAGCAGCAAGCAGCCACUUGUAAGAGUAAAAGGAAAUAUCCGUCGAGAGUUGCGUUCCAUACAAGGAGCAGUGAGGAUAUUCUGGAUGAUGGCUACAAAUGGAGAAAAUAUGGGCAAAAAAUUGUGAAAAACAGUUCCCAUCCCAGGGGUCUCAGUUGAGAGAAAGGGAAGAGAACUUCCAGACGAAGAAACGCUGCAGCAAAGCUCUGAAGAACUCCCGAGAGGCUCUGAAGGAUUCCGAAGAAGAGGAAGAGAUCAAGCCACGUUUUUGUCAAGAAUAUAUGAAUAAUCCUUUGUGAUUUCAUCGAUUCUUGAUCAAACAAAGCCAAAAGUUGAAGAACAUUCGAAGAUCUGAAGAACGAAGCUUGAAGAUUCGAAGAUCUGAAGAACGAAGCUUUGAAGAUUCGAAGAUAUGAAGAACGAAUCUUUGAAGAUUUGAAGAUAUUCAUAUGAAGAUUGAAUCAAUA